GCUCGGGCCGUGUGGCGAAGGGUGGUUCCGCGGACGGGGGAUGUGGCGAGCGUGACGUGAUUCUGUCCGCGUUGGAGCCGGGGCGGCCGUGGCGAGCGUGACGUGGCAGAGAACGAGCGAGCGAGCGAGGUUCCCCGGUCACAGAGCAGCAGCUGCCGCCGUCGUUGCUGCCGCCCGCGCCUUAUAAGUCGGCGCCGCCGGGCGAACCCCGCGCCUCAGCAGCCUGCCUCCUCGCUCGCGGAGGGAUCCGUGAGCGCAGACAGGCGCCGGGCCGCGCUCCCCCUCCCUCCCUUUCUCCCUCCCUCCCUCCCUCCCUCCUCGCCGCGCUCCUCUCGCUGCCUGCGCCGCCGCCCAGCCGCGCGCCGGAGCCGCCAUGGGCCUCACCAUCUCCUCGCUCUUCUCACGCCUCUUCGGCAAGAAGCAGAUGCGCAUCCUCAUGGUUGGUUUGGAUGCUGCUGGUAAGACAACUAUUCUUUAUAAACUGAAACUAGGAGAAAUUGUCACCACAAUUCCCACUAUUGGUUUUAAUGUGGAAACGGUAGAAUAUAAAAACAUUUGUUUCACAGUUUGGGAUGUUGGUGGUCAAGAUAAAAUUAGACCUCUUUGGAGGCAUUAUUUCCAAAACACACAGGGCCUCAUUUUUGUGGUAGACAGCAAUGACAGAGAGAGAAUCCAGGAAGCAGCAGAAGAGCUGCAGAAAAUGCUUCAGGAGGAUGAGCUGCGAGAUGCAGUGCUGCUUCUGUUUGCGAACAAACAAGAUCUGCCAAAUGCCAUGGCAAUCAGUGAAAUGACAGAUAAACUAGGUCUUCAGUCUCUGCGUAACAGAACUUGGUAUGUCCAGGCUACCUGUGCUACGCAAGGAACUGGUCUGUAUGAGGGACUUGACUGGCUGUCAAAUGAACUCUCAAAACGCUAACUCAAACUGGAUGACUCUUUCACCAGGGACAUGUUUGAUAUAAGUGGUCUAGGCUUGUUACAACAAAAUUAGUUCGCAUCUUGGUUAUUACAGUAUCUGGAACUGAUAUUUGGGCAGGAUAUUACAGCGUUUCAACUUAUUUUGUUGCCAAUUAUUGUUUACCGAGCUACAUGUUGCAAAGGUAGCAAUAUGCUUGGGUAAAAAUCUCCUUAACUUGGAAAAAGUGUAUCUUCUGAUUUUAUUCCCCUUGUUAGCCUAAAUGCCUGAAUAUAGUUAUUGUGACAUCUUUAAGAUCUGUUUUGAAUACUCUUCUGAGCCCCAAUAAAUUAAUGUUUUUUUUCUCCCUGCUACUUUUAGUUUACUGAUGCCCUGUUUCAUUCCUCAGACAGUCUGCUGAUUUAAAAAUGUAGCAUUCCGUAUGUAUUUAUUUCUCUCCCUUGCCAAAAAGAAUUCCUAAUACUGCUUGUUCCAGCCAAGGAAAUGCUCUAAAACACUAUACAAAUCUACUGCACUGAGGAACAUUUUAUUAAUCCUUGGGUUCUGUCAGCCCAACUUGCCUUUGUGUGAAUUGGAUUUGAUGGGUAGAAUAGUUCUGUGCUGGUUGCGAAGAGCUCAUGUUGAGGUUGUUUUUAAUAUUCAGCAGAUUGUCUUCCUUUAUAUUGUAUCUUUUUUUUUUAUGUUGCAUGUUGCUUUUUGGUAUCAGCCUGACUAUUUUUGCCCAGUGUAUAAUAGUUCUGCUGAAGUUUUACUGUUUGUUGGUGAACAUAUCUUCAUAAAGAAAUUUUGGAAAAUUCAUCAAACUCAAUGGAUUAGUUUCUUCAUAACCCACUUGGAAUUAUUCCUAAUAAAAUGACAAAAUGUA